AGAAGAAGAAGCGGAAGCGGAAGUAUCCCUCUCUGUUGCGCUAACACGUUAAACAUCUCGUGUCUUCGUUACAUUUUCCGUUUCAGACGUUACAAUGGACGAAGUGAAGAAGGCUCAGGAGUUGGACCCGUAUGAGAUCGAGGAGCCCAGUGACGAGGAGGGCGCCGCCAGCAGCUCCGAGGACGAGCUGGAGGUGCUGCUGAACGGGACUCCGGCUCAGAAGAAGAAGCUGAUCAGAGAGUACCUGACGGGGGAGAGCGAGUCGUCCAGCGGGGACGAGUUCGAGAAGGAGAUGGAGGCGGAGCUCAGCUCCACCAUCAGGACCCUGGAGGGGACCUGGGGGCCGUCCACAGAAGCACAAACCCUUGAAAGCGGAGGAGGAGCCGGACCUGGACUCUCUAACCCUCAGGUGUACGAUAACGUCUACUUCGACUCCGACUCCGAAGGAGAAGAGGACAAACCAAGCGGCUCCACAGGCCAGAGGCGGAGACAGCGGGUCAUUCUGACCAAUGACGAGCUGCUGUACGACCCCGACAAGGACGACAGAGACCAGGCCUGGGUGGACGCCCGGAGGAGACGAUACAACAGCAGGAAACGACCAGCGGGCUCGAAGCAGCCGUCCCGUCAGACGCAGAGUUUACCAACGAGCGACGCCAUCCUCAACUGUCCCGCCUGCAUGACCAUGCUCUGCCUGGACUGUCAGAGGCAUGAAAACUACCGGACUCAGUAUCGAGCCAUGUUCGUGAUGAACUGCACGGUGAAGAGAGACGAGGUGCUGAGAUACAACACUGAGCAGGAGAGGAAGCAGAGAGGCAGGAAGAGGAGGCGGGGCCAGAAGACAGAAACCCCUUCAAACCAGGCUCCUGAGCCGGCGCCGGCAGGGAUGGCCGCCGAUGAAGUGUACCGCCCGGUGCAGUGCUCCGAGUGCUCCACGGAGGUGGCCGUGUUCGAUAAGGAGGAGGUGUACCACUUCUUCAACAUCCUGGCCAGCCACUGCUGAGAUGGACGGAGCGAGUUCUGAGCGAGAGGUUGUUUCGGGACGAGCGGAGCCGCCAGCAUCCCGACGGAGAGAGAGAGUCCUGCUGAGAAUCUCUAAAGUCUGACGAUCAUAAAUCAGCUCAGAAACUCUGAGGGUCGAUUCCACGUCGGAGGAAAACUACGUCUUCUGUCUCUGAAACCUUUUAAACAUCUGACGAACAGUGAGACGCUCAGAUCUGCUCGUUGCAGCUGGUGUCUCACACUCGAGUCAAAGUGAUUCAUGAUCCUUUGAGGCCAAAACUCUUAUUGAUAUUUCAGGAUUUACAAAUAUUUGAGAGACAGAUCUUUUUUUCUUUUUAUUAAACAUAUCUUUAUGAUUGAUCUUUUUGAUGGUCUGUCAAGUAGGACUUCUGUCAGUUAAAAUAUAAAUAAACUGGACACAUUUUCACUAUCAACAUAUCUGUGACACUUCACUCAUAUUUAUUAUGAUUUGUCUGUUGACAUACAAACAAUAAUUAUAGCUGUGAUAAUUUAACAUUGCCCAUUCUUGGAUACAGUUAAUUAACAGUGAAGUUCUGCCUCCGUCAGAAACCUUCAGACCACAGGAGUGAUGGAGCAACUCCUUGUUUGAAUGACUGAAGCUUUGGGCUUUAAUGGUUCUACUGAGCUUCUUCUUCGUUGUACAAAAAUUGAUGACAAAUCUCUAUUAGGAUGAAGCUGACAUCGUUGUGUGUUUGUUGUUGUCAGUGACUUCCAUAAAAAACCCAAACGACAGAAGUCCGUACCUGUGGCUCGGUCACUGACCCAAAUCCAUCGGUUCCUACUGAAGAUGAAAUCUUUGAAAAUGUCUCACAGAUGUAUAGUUUCACUAAAAAAUAUGUUUAAAAGGAA